AUGCGCUUCUCAUCUCUUUCGGGCGUGUCUGCUCUUACCUUGGCUGCUCUCACGGCACCAGCCUCAUGCAAGACCGCCGAUUCUGCCUACGACUAUAUUGUCGUUGGCGGAGGCCCUGCUGGCCUGAUCACAGCUGAGCGACUCUCGGAAGCAAACGAGAAGGUACUGCUCCUCGAGCGUGGACACGGUCCAACCGUCGCAACUGGAUCCAAUCACACUCUAUCUUGGGACUCCUCCCUUACCCCAAUCGACGUUCCUGGCCUCUCUUCUGCUGUUGGUGGACUUGAUCUAUGGAAUGAGUAUAUGUGUGAUGAUACUGCUGCCUUAGCCGCUUGUGUUCUUGGUGGCGGUGUCACCGUCAACUACAUGGUCUUUGUGCAUCCUCCUGCUCGCGAUUUUGACGACAAGUGGCCCAAGGGUUGGAAAUGGAACGAUGUUGCCCCGGCCGCCAACAGACUAUAUGCUCGCAACCAAGGCACUCUGGUCCCCUCCAAAAACAACGAGCGAUACGACCAGGGUCUCUACAACACUCUGUCUGGCUUUUUCGAUAAGCUAGGCUGGAAGUCGGUUGACAUGAUCAAGCAGCCUGACGAGAAGCACGAGGUUUACAGCUGGCCAUCCUGGAAUGUCAAGAAUGCCUUGCGAGCUGGGCCCGUCAGGACCUAUCUCCCCCUGGCCCAGAAGCGAAACAACUUCACUCUUCGCAUGGGUUCCAAGGUCAUUCGCGUUGUCCGUUCAGGCUCACGAGCCACUGGCGUUGAGGUUGAGACUGCUGCAGGCAAGAAGGAGAUUGUGAAGCUUUCAAAGCACGGUCGCGUUGUUCUUUCUGCUGGCGCCCUCACAACUCCUCGCCUGCUGUUCAACUCAGGCAUUGGACCAAAGAAACAGAUUCUGACUGCGAAGAAGACUGGUGUCACUCUUCCUGCCGAGAGAAACUGGAUCAACCUUCCUGUUGGCGAGAACCUCAUGGACCAUCCCAUCUUCACCUUCACUGUCAAGACUGGUGGUGCUUGGGGCAUGCUUGACACUGAUAGUGUCUUGAACGGCACUGACACCAAGAACAUCGAUCUAUAUGAGAAGAAGUCCUCUGGAGUCCUGACUCAAGGCCGCCAUCGCAUGAUCUUCUUCAGCUCCAACAAGGGUUCCGACGGUGUCACUCGAUACUUCCAAGGGUCAUGUGCUGCUGGAGGUGAUGGUAUCGCUUCCAUCAAGGUCUACAUGACUCACGGCCUGACCUCGACUGGUGUUCUGGGUAUGACUGAGGAGGGCAAGACUGUUAUUGAGAAGUCUCCUUACCUGCAAACAAGUGGGGAUGUCGAGGCCGCGAAGGCUUUUGUUCAGGACAUGGUUGAGAAGAUCACCGAUUCUUCAUCUGGAUUCGUUCUUCAGAAGGAGACCAACACCACAGCUAUCAUCAAGGCUGUUACCAGCGGGAACCAUUAUGCUGGUACCACCAAGAUGGGGACUGAUGAUGGGCGCAAGGGAGGCUCUUCCGUUGUUGACACCAACGCCAAGGUAUAUGGCAUGGACAACCUUUUUGUCUCUGAUGCUGGCAUCCAUCCCGACCUUCCUACUGGCAAUAUCCAGACCAUUGUUAUGGUUGCCGCUGAAGCUGCAGUUGCCAAGAUCCUUGCUUGUUAA